CAUCAAACCUCUCCGUGUAAACUAUUAUUUGUAACUCAGCCCACUCAAAUAUCUUUGCUCGCAGUUACGAUACACUGUGCCACGUUCCAUAUCAGAUUUAAGAUUUAGUAAUUGUCAAUUCGCAUAGUCAACAGAAGAACAAGAACACCCAAGCAGUCCCAAUCCCCUACGAAAGAUCGGGGACAAAAUGACUUCCUUCGUCACCACCGUCAACCAGCGCGCACGCAACCAAUUCCGCUCGCGCCCCGGCAAAAACGGCGGCAGCACAAGCUACCAACUGCGUCAAUACGCCGAAGCAACACUAGGCGGGGGGUCCCUACGAAAAGUCGUCAAGCUCCCCGAAGGCGAAGACGAAAACGAAUGGCUCGCCGUAAACAUGGUCGACUUCUACAACCAAGUAAACCUACUCUACGGCGCCAUAACCGAGUUCUGUUCCCCGCAAUCCUGUCCGGAGAUGAAAGCCACCGAUGAAUUCGAGUACCUAUGGCAAGACGGGGAUACCUACCGCCGCCCAACGAAAAUGCCCGCCCCGGCUUAUAUCGAGCAAUUGAUGUCCUGGGUCCAAUCUAGCAUCGACAAUGAAUCGAUUCUCCCGUCGCGCAUCGGUGUUCCGUUUCCGAAAUCCUUCCCUGCGCUCGUGCGUCAGAUUUUCAAGCGCAUGUAUCGUGUCUACGCUCAUAUAUACUGCCACCAUUACCCCGUAAUCCGCGAAUUGGGUCUCGAACCCCACCUCAAUACAUCCUUCAAGCAGUACGUCCUAUUCAUCGACGAGCACAACCUAGCUACUGGUAAAGAUUUCUGGGGUCCACUUGGCGAUCUCGUUGAGAGCAUGCUACGGAGUGACUAAGUUGAAGGGGGAGCACGGUUGAUGAUUGAUGGGUAGAUGGUUUUGAUGAUGAUACACACCUAGGCACGCUAGGUCAAGGUAAGGACGUUGCAUCUUUCGGAGUUUGGCGUUCGUGCGGGACACUAGAGAGAAUCGACUGCGUUGUUUUACGAAGGAUAAACUUCGAGGGUAAUACGAAAUCGAUGAUGCUACUUCAUCCAUAGUUGUUCAUCGUUGUACUUUUAUACUAGGUAUUCAACCGCCUGACGUUGAAGCUAUAUGUUCUGGCAAAGUAUGUGAUUUGAAGAUUAUUGCAGCU